GGAUCCCCCCGAGCGGCAGGCUGCCAUCUUAAGUUUUUUAUGAGUUGAACGAUACUGAAUAAUAAAUACUCUAAGUAUCUAUUCGAGUAAAUUAUGUGUGAAGAGGAAGUUGUAGCUCUUGUCGUAGACAAUGGUUCCGGAAUAUGUAAAGCUGGAUUCGCGGGUGAUGAUGCUCCCCGAGCUGUUUUUCCUUCAAUAGUUGGACGACCACGUCAUCAGGGAAUAAUGGUUGGUAUGGGUCAAAAAGAUAGCUAUGUUGGUGACGAAGCUCAGAGUAAAAGAGGAAUUUUGACUUUAAAAUAUCCCAUCGAGCAUGGAAUAGUAAACAAUUGGGACGAUAUGGAAAAAAUAUGGCAUCAUACAUUUUACAACGAAUUAAGAGUUGCACCGGAAGAACAUCCAGUCCUUUUAACAGAAGCACCUUUAAAUCCCAAGGCAAACAGAGAAAAAAUGACUCAAAUAAUGUUUGAAACAUUCAAUACACCUGCCAUGUAUGUUGCAAUUCAAGCAGUUUUAUCGCUUUAUUCUUCUGGAAGAACAACUGGUAUAGUUAUGGAUUCUGGUGAUGGAGUAUCUCAUACUGUUCCUAUAUAUGAAGGCUAUGCCUUGCCUCAUGCAAUAAUUCGAUUAGAUUUAGCCGGACGAGAUCUAACUGAUUAUUUAAUGAAAAUUUUAACAGAACGUGGCUAUUCUUUUACAACAACUGCAGAGAGAGAAAUCGUGCGAGAUGUUAAAGAGAAGCUUUGCUACGUUGCUUUGGAUUUUGAACAAGAGAUGGCAAAUUCUGCCAUAUCAUCAACUAUUGAAAAAUCUUAUGAAUUACCAGAUGGCCAAGUGAUAACAAUUGGAAAUGAAAGGUUCCGUUGUCCCGAAACACUUUUUAAACCGUCUUUUGUCGGCAUGGAAAGUUCUGGAAUACACGAAACAACUUAUUUCUCCAUUAUGAAAUGUGAUGUUGAUAUUCGUAAAGAUUUGUACGCUAACACUGUAUUAUCCGGAGGCACUACAAUGUAUCCAGGUAUUGCCGAUCGUAUCCAGAAAGAAAUAACAGCUCUGGCACCUACAACCAUGAAAAUUAAAGUAAUUGCUCCACCGGAAAGAAAAUAUUCGGUGUGGAUUGGUGGUUCGAUUUUAUCUUCUCUGUCAACUUUUCAGCAAAUGUGGAUAUCGAAACAGGAAUAUGAUGAAUUAGGACCAUGCAUUGUGCAUCGCAAAUGUUUUUAAGUUAACAUUAGGUAUCAUGUUUCAUUUUCUUAUAAUGUUUUUUUCUGUCCAUUUCUUUCAUAUUCAGAUAACAAAGAUACACACUGAUACACUUGCGUUUUAUUUAAUUGAAAUUACGAUUUUUUUUACUUGUUUAAUGUUGUUGUUGACUAUUCAAAGUAAAAUUUAUUUGAUUUAAAUGUUCAGUUUUUGAGUAAAU